UUCACUACUGUUUUGUUUAGGCGUUGGUCGGAGAAGAGAAUCGAUUCGAUCAAUAAAGCAAUAGAGACAGAGAAGGAAGAAGAACAAAGCAUCUCUCUUUUUGUUUUCUCCGAAGUCACUGAGAGAGAGAGAGAGAGAGAGAGAAGAAGAAAAGUUUGAGUUCCGAUGAGUUCUGGAGGAGGAGGAAUCGUGGCGGGACCAACAGCAGCAUCAGCAGCUCCUGCAAGCGGCGGUGGAAACGUGGAGUGGCACGUCAGACCACCCAACCCUAAAAACCCUGUCGUCUUCUUCGACGUCUCUAUUGGUGGUAUCCCCGCUGGUCGUAUCAAGAUGGAGCUUUUCGCCGACAUUGCUCCCAAAACUGCUGAAAACUUCAGGCAGUUCUGUACUGGUGAACUCAGAAAGGCUGGGAAGCCACUUGGUUACAAAGAAUGUCAGUUUCACAGAGUCAUCAAGGAUUUUAUGAUUCAAAGUGGUGAUUUUCUUAAGAAUGAUGGUAGUGGAUGCAUGUCAAUCUAUGGCCACCAGUUCGCUGAUGAGAAUUUUACUGCCAAACAUACUGGACCUGGAUUGCUCUCCAUGGCAAAUAGUGGGCCAGACACUAAUGGUUGCCAGUUCUUCAUCAGCUGUGCAAAAUGCGAGUGGCUUGACAACAAGCAUGUUGUCUUUGGGAGAGUGCUGGGAGAUGGGUUAUUGGUGGUGCGGAAGAUUGAGAACGUGGCUGUUGGACCAAACAACCGUCCUAAGCUUGCUGUUGUUAUUACAGAGUGUGGGGAGAUGUGAGAAAUGCUUUUAGCCAUGAGAUGACUUGAAGAACAUUGUCUUCUGAAGGAGGAAUGUAGUGGUGAGGCCAAAGCUUUAAUUUAUAGUUGUAAACGUUACGCAUAUGUGACUUAAGCUUUAAACAUUUUGUCAUUUAGUUUUCUUUUUCUUUCACUUUGGUUGGUUGGUCAACAUUUCCGAAAGCAAAAGCCACUUGUAAACUUUGGUUUUGGAGAUCAUUAACUUGUGAGUGAAAAUGAGACCCUUUUCAUA